AUGUCCAUCGAGACCAAAGCCAUCAAUGCCGGUAGGACACGGUCCAAGGUCGUCUGGCAUCGCAUCAUCCGCUCGCUGUGCUACCUGAUUGCCUGGAUCUUCUUGCUUCUGGUGGUGAUUGGCAAUGUCGCCGACAAACCCGUCAUCCGAGAGACCUAUUUCCUCAAGAUCGACCUGGCCAAUAUCAUCCCACUCUCCGUCCCUAAUGCCGUCCUGAUCAACACCAUUGCCCGGACCAUCGGGCUGCACGACUUCUAUCAAGUCGGCCUCUGGAAUUUCUGCGAGGGCUACCUCGACGAGGGGAUUACGAACUGCUCGAAGCCCAAGACUCUCUACUGGUUCAACCCCGUCGAGAUCAUCCUCAAUGAGCUUCUCUCCGGCGCAACCAUUGCCCUUCCCUCGGACAUCACCUCCGCCCUCAAGAUCGCGCGGAUUGCCUCGCACUGGAUGUUCGGCCUCUUCCUGACGGCCACCGUCCUCACCUUCAUCCUGAUCUUCCUCUCCCCGCUGGCCGUCUCGUCGCGGCCCCCGCAGACCAUCUCCGCCGACCCGACCAUCAACCAGGCCCACCCGCAGCACCGCCGCCGCACCUUCGUCUUCCUGCGCGCCUUCCCCUUCCUCAUCCUCACCUUCGUGACCGCGCUCUUCACCAUCGUCGCCUCCGUGGUCGCGACGGUCAUGUUCAUCAUCUUCCGCAACGUCUUCACCUCCUCCGACUACGACCUCAACAUCGGCGCCUCCCUCGGCACCCGCAUGCUGGCGUUCAUGUGGAUCGCCUCGGGCUUCAACCUUCUCGCCUUCAUCCUGCAGCUGGGGUCCUGCUGCGCCUCGUGCUGCGGUGGGCGCAAGGCGCGGAAGCAGUUGAAGCGCGCGGAUCGCGAGAAGCACCACCCGGAUACGGCCCCGGCGUCGGCCUCUUCAUCGGAGGCGUCAAACGUGGAGAAGCGGGAGGGGCUGAGGAUCUGA